GUUCCCUGUGCGAACAACUCGCCGAACUCGAGGCUCCUUCCCGAAUCCUAACCCCUUCCCCAAGCCUAGGCCCAGGGUAGGGUAGGGUUUCCGUCGCCGCCGGCCGUCACACCUCCGCGCCCGCAGCAAUGGCGGUGGCGGUGAUGCCCACCCUGGGACGCUGGGUCCUUAUCGGCGGCACCGGUUUAGCUGGCACCCUCAUCCUCAAAGACGGCCGCGGCGCCCGCUUCGUCGACCUCCUCAAGGAGUUCCAGGAGUUCAUGGAAGUGAAAGGAGCAGAAGGCAGCACCGUUGCCGCCGACAAGCUUGCGCUCGCGCGGGUGGAGAUGGAUAUGCUGGUUAGGGAGAUUCGGCAAUUGAGAAUCCCUCCCUCUAUUAUUCGUUAUGAAUCUGGCAACAAAGUUUUGUCAGCUUUGAUUGUACCUGCUGCAGCUGCUGGGGUGGCUGGCUAUGCUUACAUGUGGUGGAGAGGUAUCACCUUCUCUAGCUUAAUGUACGUCACUAAGCAAAACAUGGCUAACGCUGUUUCAAGCAUGACAAAGCAUCUGGAACAAGUCCAGACCUCUCUUGCUGCUGCUAAAAGGCACCUAACACAGCGCAUCCAAAGGGUAGAUGAUAAAUUGGAUCAGCAAAAGGAGAUUUCUGGACAAAUAAGGGAUGAGGUUACAGGCGCGAGAGAGAAACUCCAGGAAAUUGGUGAAGAAUUUCAAACUCUCAAGAAGUUGGCUUUCCAUAUGGAUGUGAAGUUGGAUUCUAUUCAAGACAAACAGAAUUGGCAAAAUGAUGGAGUGGACUAUCUCCUCAAAUUCAUCGAAUCAAAUGGCAAAAGGACGCCAGAUCACCUGCAAGGCUUGAAGCGACUACAGGAAGGCUUGAAGGGGCCGGUGGUUACAAGAUCUUUCAAGCAACCGGAGCUCCCGGGGCUGGAGUUUGGUCUGCGGCUGUUGGCGCUGGACGAAUCUGGGAAAGGAGCUGGGAAAGGAGCAGGACUGGCGCUGCCACCGCCGGUCAAGGCAGUGUUCUGAUUCUUCUGUGGUCGGAUAGGGAUUGGCAGGCAUUGAGAUUUCAUCCCGAAAUUUGUAUAGGAGAAUUUAUAACAUAAAACUAUGGGAGUUGCGCUGAAGAAAAUACGUAUUAGCCAUCUGUGCGUGUUUUCAGAUCAGCUGUCUGCGUUUCGUGAACCUAGAAUGUGUUGUUACUUAAUUGGAGUUGUUCAGGAAUCGAACGAGGUCCUAACUUUUACUUGCCUACUGCUUCGUUGUUU